AUGGGCCACAGUCUGGGCCCCCUUGCCCCAGCUGUCCAAGGCAAUCAGGAAUCACUGACCUUCAGGGAUGUGGCUGUGGACUUCACUGGGGAGGAGUGGAGACAUCUGGAGCCUGCCCGGAGGGCCCUGUACAGGGACGUGAUGUUGGAGACCUACAGGACCCUCAUCUCCCUGGAUUCCCUUGGUGAAGACACCAGGUUUGAAACCAAGGACUCUAGCCUGAUUCGGGGUGUUUACGUGGCAGUGUCAUCAAAGAAAAGAAUGCCAGAUGAAACUGACCAGCAUCUCAACACGAGAGACUCUGGGGAACGGAAGAACCUUUCCAAGUAUAGCAAAUUCAGGAAGCCCUUCAGUUACCACUCAGACCUAAUUAAAUUUCAUAGGGAACAUGCCGGAGAGAAGUUACAUGAAGGCAAUGAAUGUGAAGUAGCCUUUGGCAGAAAAUCAGAUUUCAGUGGACGCCAGAGAAUUCAUCCUGGAAAGAAGCUUUAUAAGACGAAUAAAGAUGGGAAAGCAUACAGCCACCAGGAAAGGUUGAUUAAACAUAGGAGAGUUAAUGGCAUGGCGAAACCCUUUGAAUGUAAUGAAUGUGGAAAAGAAUUCAGCCUGAGGGGAUCCCUAAUUUCUCAUCAGAGGAUUCAUAGAAGAGUGAAACCUUUUGAAUGCAAUGAAUGUGGGAAAACCUUCAGCAUAGGGGGAAGCCUGAACAGACAUCAAGGGAUCCAUACAGGAGAAAAACCUUUUGCAUGUAAUCAAACUCAUACUGGAGGGAAACCCUUUACUUGUAAUGAAUGUAGGAAAGUCUUUAGCAGGAAGGAACAUCUUACUGAACAUCAGAGAACUCAUACUGGAGAUAAACCACUAGAAUGUAAUGAAUGUGAAAAAGCAUUUAGCAAGAGGAGAAAACUUAUACAUCAGAAAACACUCACUGGACUAAAACACUUUGAAUGUAAUAAAUGUGGGAAAGCUUUCAGCAAGAUGGGAAGAACACAUACUGGAGGGAAACCUUUUGAAUGUAAUGAAUGUGGGAAAGCUUUUAGCCAGAGGGCAUACCUCAUUAAUCAUCAGAGAACUCAUACUGGAGAGAGACCCUUUGAACGUAGUGAAUGUGGAAAAGUCUUCAGUGAGAAUAAAAUGCUCAAAAGGCAUCCUGGAACUCACACUGGACUUGAAAUCUUUGAACGCAAUGAAUGUUGGGAAACGUUUUAG